AUGUCCUUCUCCAGCGUUGACAUAACAUCUGGGGAGAAAGCCUCCAAAAAGCGCGGCGAUAAGUGGCCUUGGUAUGGGGCACCCAUCUUCUGCGUGAUCUGGUUCACUCUGUUCUAUGUGGCCGCCAUUCCGAGCUUCUUCUCGUAUCCCAAAAUGCUGUAUGUGCGCGAUGAGGCCAAUCAUCCGGGCGAGUUCAUUGGCGAGCGUGCCAUGAUCCAGCUGGCCGAGUACUCAUCGAUUGGCAACAAAAUGGUUGGAUCCAUAAAUAAUGAGGUGCACGUGGUGAACUUUCUGAAGCGCGAGGUGGAAAGGAUUGUGGAACAGUCGCGCACCGAUCUCUAUGACAUCGACUUGGAGGUGCAGUACGCCUCGGGCUCGUUCUAUCUGUGGGAUGCGGCCACCAGCUACGACAAUGUGUCCAAUGUGGUGGUGCGGCUCUCCCGCAAGGAUAGUCCCAGCGACAAUUAUUUGUUGGUUAACUCACACUACGAUUCGGAGGUAAAGACACCGGCUGCUGGCGACGACGGCGUCAUGGUGGUCAUCAUGCUGGAAACCCUGCGCGUCAUGACACAAUCCGACCGUCCACUGGCUCAUCCCGUCAUCUUUCUCUUCAAUGGCGCGGAGGAAGCCAACAUGCUGGGUGCCCAUGGCUUCAUCACAAAACAUAAAUGGGCCAAAAACUGCAAGGCACUUAUCAACUUGGACUCGACGGGCUCAGGCGGACGUGAGGUUUUGUUCCAAACAGGCCCCAAUCAUCCCUGGCUGAUGAACUACUAUCAGAAGCAUGCACCGCACCCCUUCUCCAUAACGCUCGGCGAGGAGCUCUUUCAGAAUAACUUUAUACCCUCCGACACGGACUUUCGCAUAUUCCGCGAUUUCGGCAAUGUGCCCGGCCUGGACAUGGCGCAUGCCCUCAACGGCUAUGUCUACCACACCAAGUACGACAACUUCAAGAAUCUGGCGCGUGGCACCUAUCAGUCCACGGGCGAGAAUGUGCUGGCCUUGACCUGGGCGCUGGCCAACGCCCCGGAGCUGGAUGAUACCGCCGCCCACGAAGAGGGACACGCUGUCUUCUUCGACUACCUCGGCUGGUUCAUUGUCGUCUAUACCGAGAGUGCCAGCAUUGCCAUUAACAUCGUCGUGUCCCUCGCCGCUCUGAUCUGCAUUGGCAUAUCCGUCUACUUCAUGACCAAGGACAAUGUGGUGGAUGCACCCAAGGCGGUGGUCCUGCGCUUUGGCACCAUUUGCCUGGUGCAGCUGGGCGCAGUGAUCAUCGCCUGGGGCUUGACCCUGCUCGUGGCUGUCUUCAUGCGAGCCGUUGGCCUGGGCGAGUCCUGGUACUAUGGCAUUUGGAUGACCUUCGGCCUGUACUUCUGUCCCAUGUUCCUCGGACUGGGCCUGCUGCCCGCCUUCUACAUUGGCUGGACCAAGCGCAAGACCUACAUGAAGCUGAAUCACACCAUUGCCUGUUUCAUGCAUGCCCACUGCAUUCUGAUUGUCUUCCUUUGCCUGCUCCUGACAGGUCUGGGCAUACGCUCAGCCUUCUUCCCCAUGAUUGCCCUCUUCUUCUACACAGUCUCGCUGAUUGUGCAGUUUAUCCUGAGACUGACCAUUAAGAAUUGUUUCUUUACUGUUCACAUUUUGUGCCAGAUUUUGCCCUUCUUCUUCUACACCUAUUUGAUGUACGUGUUCCUGCUGGUCUUUGUGCCCAUGCAGGGACGCGAUGGACCCGACAGCAAGCCCGAUAUGCUGCUCGCAGCGUUCAUUGCUCUCAUGACAAUGCACUUCGCUGGAUUCAUAGUGCCAGUCUUACUCAAAUUCCACAAAUCGAAGACCUUUAUCUCCAUGUUUGGUGUCCUAAUCAUCGUAUUCAUCAUAUUGGCCGCCACGCCUGCUGGCUUUCCUUUCAAGAAGGAUGUUGCCGCACAGCGAUACUACGUUCUGCACACCCAACGCACAUUGCACAUGUCGGAUGGAACUACGACUCAAGAAACGGGCUUCUACAUACAGCCCGUGGAUACUCGAUACUCGGAGCUGUAUGACACAACGCUUAAGAAUGUCGAGCCAGAGAUUUGGCUCAAGAAUAAUUGCGCAGAGGAGCCCUACUGCGGCCUACCGCUCUACAGUGGACGUUGGCUCAACUGGAAGGACUCUGCUCGCUGGAUUUACAGUUCUGCUCCCGCUCUGCCAGUGGCCACAGAGCUCACAGAAGUAUCGCGGCAGUCCAUAAGCUUGAGCAAAAAGCGAUUCGAGUUCAGCCUCAAGGCGGGCGAUCGCAUUGUCAUGUACGUUGAUCCCUUGGAGAAAGUGAAGAUCACGAAUUGGUCGUUCGAUGAGACGAUCUUGGUAGAUGGCCAUACUGCGCCCUAUUUCGUAUACCACGUGACCUCCCUGGUCACGGAGCCCUACAACUUCUGGCUGGAGUUCGAGCACGACGCAGCGAAUACGGACGGGCCCUACUUCAAGCUGGCAGUGAGCGUGCAUUUCCUGUACCAUCCGGAACACUAUACGCCCGAGUUCCGGGAGUUCCUGAGCACCUUUCCGGAUUGGACCUACACCACCGACUGGCUUGCCUCGUACGAGAGCUGGAUCUUCUAGGGAAAUUACU